AUGCCUAAUGAAUCUGACGCCUACCACAAGGAAACUGAGCGGACACCUGCAGCAGCUAUCGCCGCUGCACUCCACGAUGGUAAAAAGCAUCUUCUUCUAGCUGCGAGCGGUUCCGUUGCUUCGAUCAAGCUACCACUCAUUAUUUCCGCGCUCGCAAACAACCCUAACCUCUCUAUUCGUAUCAUUCUCACCAAAUCCGCGGCCCGUUUUCUCGCCGGCCAAUCUCCCGAACAACCCACGGUCGCCUCCCUCUCCUUGCUCCCCAAGGUCGAUUCCGUUCACUAG